AAGCAAUUCAACAGAUGGACAGAAUUUACAAGGUUUGAUAUAUGUACACGCAAUGAUGAACAACUAUUCUCAAAACUCCCCUAAUGAGUCACUGGCCAGAAUGCUGGAGAAUCAGAACUGCUACAUGGACAGCACCAGCUUACGGAUCCCAUUGGCUGUUUUCUACACACUCUUCGUUCUGUUUGGGUUGGCUGGGAACCUGCUGGCUCUCUGGGUGUUUUUGCGACUACAUCCAAAGAAAAACUCUGUUCGGAUUUUCCUCAUCAACCUGGCUCUAGCUGACAUACUUCUUGUGAUCUGCCUGCCUUUUCGAGUGGCGUACCAUUUCAACAAUAACCAAUGGGUGUUGCCCUCAGUGCUGUGCAGGAUAGUGGGUAAUGUCUUUUACAUGAACAUGUACAUUAGUAUAGUGUUACUGGGCUUCAUUAGUGUAGACCGCUACUUGAAGUUCCAGAGGGCAUCGAGCAGGCGGUGGUUUCUGCAGAGUCGCUGGAGUGCAAUUGUUUGUGGUGUCCUGUGGGCCGUGUCAUUUGCUGCAGUUUCACCAUUUAUUGUCAAGGCGGAGAACAAUAAUGAAACUCAUCAAUGCUUCCAGUACAGAAAACUGUGUGAUUCUAAAUGGAAAGCCUAUUUUAACUUUGUCGUUGUGGCUAUUUUUUGGGUGAUCUAUGGUGCGUUGGUAAUGUCCUAUGGAAGGAUUGGAAUGAAGCUCAUUACGGCCUCCCGAGACAAACCAGAUUUCCCAAAUGCUGCAAAGUACAACAAAACUGCAUGGAAGUCCUUCUUUGUGCUCUUCACCUUUACAGUAUGCUACGCACCCUAUCACUUUGUCAGGAUUUUCUAUAUCAUGUCACAGAUGUCACCUGAUGUUUCUUGCAACAAGAUGAAUGUGUUGGAUAAAACCAAUGAAGUAGUUCUGUUACUGUCUGCCCUUAACAGCUGUCUGGAUCCAGUCAUGUACUUUUUGCUCUGCAGUUCUAUUCGCAAAGUGACACUGAAGUUUAUCUGUAACUGCUUCUGUCAGCAAACCAACAACGCACUGAUCAGCUCUAGUGACGAACAGCCGAAAAUAAUGACAGUUGUUCCCAUGACAAACUGUCAAAACAUCAAAAAGGCAACAAUAACAAUCAAAUAAUAGAUACAAUGCAAUCUUUCUUAAAAUAUUUGUACAUACAUGUCUUAUGAACAAUGCAGAGCAUAUCUGUUGAUUUCUUUGUACUCUACAUCU